AUGACGAGCACCAUCGGUAUCCCAAUCAAGCUCCUCAAUGAGGCAGCAGGUCACAUUGUUACGCUCGAAAUCACAUCUGGCGAGGUCUACCGCGGAAAGCUGAUUGAAGCCGAGGACAAUAUGAACGUGCAACUGAAGGACAUCACGGUGACCGCCCGCGACGGACGUGUCUCGCAUCUUGAGCAAGUGUACAUUCGAGGAAGCCACGUGCGAUACUUUAUCGUACCAGACAUGUUGAGGAACGCGCCCAUGUUCCGAUCGAGAGGCACUAGGGGUCGUGGUGUUGGUCUUGCGCGCGGUAGGGCUACAGUCAACAGGGCAAGGGCUAGUACUCGUGGAGGCGGUGGC